UGCAAUCUUUUCAUAAAUAGUUUUAUUACUAUGGUUACUAAAUACUAAUUUAUAUAGACAUUCAGUAAAUAGGAAAGGUUAUUAGGUACUCUUCGUAUCAAUUAGAAUCUCAAAAAAAAUAACUAUAACGUAUUGAUCGUAUGUAUGUGUCUAACUGUCUAGUGUUACAUUCACUACGCUUUAGCCUUCAUUGUCAUAGUAUUCCUAAUAGUAUUAAUUUUAAAAAAAAAUGCAAAAACCUAAGACGGAUUUGUUGGAUGAUUUUUAGUUGAAAGUCCGUUUAAGAUGAUGAUUACAAUUCACGGAUUGCCUGUUACUACGAAGUAUCAGGAUUUAAAAAUACUAAUAAAACAAGAAUGCAAUAUAAAUGACUUCAUUCUCGAUUGUUUGGUAAAUGAAAACGACGGUACAAAGAAAGUUCGUGUUGGCCUUGCAAAUGAUUCUGAAGGAAAUCACAUAAUAAAAUGCCUGAGCGGUUAUCGGAUGUCAGGAAAUACACUACGACUCACUCCUGUAGGGAAAUCGGCUCCUACAAAUAUUCCACAACAAAGCUCAUUUGACACAAGGGAUAAUUACCAAGCCAGAAACGAGUAUUCAAGCCAAGGGUUUAAUGAGAGGAACAGUAAUAGACUAGCCGAAACUGUUCGGCCUACACCAUGGGCCGUUAAUAAUCAAUGGUCAUCUAAUCAGCCAGUCCAAACCCAAUUACCCAAUAGUUAUAGUUAUCAACAACAACCACCAAUAAAUAUGUCUUAUGGACCACAAACAAACCCACCUUUAAAGUCUCAAUUGGAAUCAAGAGACACAGUUCCUACUGGCCGUGGACCUCAAGAAACUCUAUCAUAUGGAUAUAACCCUAAAAGCAACCUAAUUAGCUUAGGGCCUAAAGAAACAUAUCAUCAAAGGAACAUUCCAUCUACGUUGAGAGAAGUACCGGUGGCCAGUCGACCAAUCCAGUCCAGCAGAUACCCGACUCAGAACUAUGAAAUGCAGACAGAGAAACCAAUAACAAUAAUGAAAGACAAUUUCCAAGGCCCCAAUCAGUACAACGUAAGUGCUACAUACAUACAUAGCCAAGGAUCUGGAAACUAUCCGGUGCAAAUUCAACCAUCGCCCUGGGCCUCACAGCAGCAACAGAAGCAAUUUGAAAAACCCUCAAUAGUUGCAUAUGAGAAAAAGUUAUAUGACGAUAGGAAGUAUCCCCAAGUAAAUCAAAUCAAGUCCAUACCAGAGGUGCCGUCCAAAUCAGAAGACCCCUACAAAGGAUAUGAUAAGAGCAGGCAAUUUUCGCCGCCACGGAGGUCUUAUGGCAGAGACACGGCACCAGAAAGACGAAUUUCACCUUCAGAUAGAGACACUUCGCACCCAAGCAGGAAUAUAUUGCCCGGUCGUAGAUCGCCAGGAAGAAGAAUUUCCCCUCCAGGCAGACAACCUAUCUACCAGGAUAGGCGUUCGCCUGGCCGUAGGCCUUCACCGAGAAGACGUAGUUCUCCACCUAAUCGAGCUAUGCAUUCUAGCAGAGACAUAUCGCCAAGUGAAAGGCGAAUUUCACCAUCUGCCAGACAUAUUGCUCAAACUGGAAGGCCUGUGUCACCUGGUAGGAGACUGUCACCUAGCAGGCGAAUUUCGCCGCCCGGCAGAUCUAUUAUGGUCAUAGAACGGCAGAUUUCACCGCAUGGUAGACGAUUUUCACCAACCGGCAGACAAACUCCCCAAAUCAGACAAGUGUCUCCAGGAAGAAAAAUGUCUCCUAUAAGAAAGUUUUCGCCAUCUCAUAGAAGGAUCUCCCCGCAAGUUAAAAAAGAAGAGUAUGAGCGUGGAAGAAGAGUCUCCCCACCUGCGCACUCACCUAUGGACCGGCGAGCUACAAGCCGUCCGUCUCCAAGCCGAGUCGUUCCGAGAGGAAUAGCGUCGCACAGACAAGAGUCUCCACGGAGGCAAGGAAGGUACUCACCGCCACGUCUCCACACCGACAAGACUCAGGACUACCAAGAGGAUCGUCGAGCUAGUAACAUCAAGAGCGUUAGACCAGCAUACGAGCCACAAACACAAGCGUCAGAUGAAGCUAUAUACUCAGGUGGUUACCGUCACAACGUCCGCGAGGACGUACAAUAUCCUGUAUCAAGACAAGAUUGGCAAGAUAGGGAAAAGGCGUUUCCACCUAAGAAUAUCAUAGAAGAUAGAAGAGAUGUAUCAAGACUUCAGAAGUUUGAUAUACAACGAGCUUCGGAUCAACAAAGACCAAUAGAACAGGAAUCGAAGAGAUCCAGGUCUCGUACUUCUAGAUCUCCAAGGCGCGAAAGAUCGCCAUUGCGGGAUCGUUACAAACGUCAUUCACCAUCCCCCCGUUCUCCUCGGCGGUCUUGGGCCCUUGAGAAACGACGAAGCCCUGAAGCCCAUGACCCACCACCGCCCCCUGUUUGGCCAGGACAAGGUGUCAGAGAAGACUACUCGCAUCAAAAUAGAUCGAUAAUUCAUGACCGUCAAAUUGAAAAACAUAUUCCCGUCUGGGAACCUAGAGAAAAAAAACGCGAUGAUUACCCACCCGCUGACAACAGAAGGGAUUUUGAAGAAGAAAUCAGAAUUCGAAAAGAGGUUGAAAAAUGGAAACCCCUUCCUCUGUCGAGUCCUCAGGAGUCAUCAUCUCGUUUAGAGGAUAAGAAUCGCAUACAAAAGGAAUAUACGAGGAAAGACUUUGAAGGUCAUCGCGAUUAUAUCCGUGAAGGCGAAAUUCACAAACCUCAUUCCGACAGGGUUGAUAAAGCAUAUCAACGGCAGGACCGUGAAGUUACCCGUUAUAAAUCCGAUCAUGAACGAAAAGAUGACAUACCACGCAAAAGAGAAGAAUACUCUGGUCGCAUAGAAGAAAAAAAAAAGGAAAUAUUAGAAAAGCAAGAGCAACUGCAAAAGGAGAUCGAUGAAGUUUACAAAAGAGCCGUGGAUUUUACAAAGAAAGCUGUGAUGUACAGGACAGGUGAACACAAAAAAGAAGGUUACAAUAGUGAUAGACGUCGUGAUGAAGAUCAUAUUCCUAACGAGUAUGAACGUUAUAAACAAGAUUCUUAUGAUGAAAGACGCAAUCGUGAUGAUCAAAGUAAAGAAUAUUCUAAGGAAAUAUUUUCAAGGACUGAUGACGUGAAGAGCUUAAGCGAAAACAUUGCACAAAAACCGCGUUUCGAAAUCGACGUCGCACAAAAAAGACACGCGUUAAGCCCAACGAUCAAAGCAAAGAGGAGUAAAGCAAUAGACGAAAUCUCCGAAAAGAUUUUAUGUAAAUAUGGCAGUGCCUUGCCCAACGAGAUUAAAAAACGGGUUCAAAGUGAACUUAAAUGGACACUGGGACGGAAACUUCAUGAACUAUUUGGGGAUAAGGACGUUUCUUUUAUAGAAAUGGUAAUUAAGUUUAACGCAAAACACACUCAGAGGGAUGAAGAAAAUAUUUUCGAUGAAGUAGUAUCUAGCUUGCCUAGUCACUAUAGAAGUAUGAAACGAGUUGCUCAAGAUGAUUCUGAUGUUCCUGCAAAAAAUUCUAGGCGAUCAACUGAACCGAACUUUAUUAAAGAUCAACAUGAGCCUAGUCCACCUAGAUUACACGGACAACAAAAACGUCCUGUUAGUUGCCGUGAAGCAUUGAAGCCGAAAGUGAAUACAGUUUCUGAGAUAAAACGUUCGGUGGAAGUUACUCAAAAAUCGCCUGAAACAAAACCUUUGAAACAAAAAACAGCUGAAAAAGAAGUAAAAGAGAAAAAGCUAGAACUCGACGCUGAAACUGAAGAACCUGAAAAACAAGAUGGCGGCCAAUUUGAAUUGAAUGGGUUGAUGACCAGAGUCUUGGAAGAAGAGUUGCAGACUAUUAUGAUUGAGGUCUGGCAAGCGCUGCCUGAUGAUCCACCUACAGAGGCAGAACGAUUUGUUGCGGAAAGUCUUCGUAACGAAGCCAGCGACGAAAUAAGAAAUGUUCUUGGACUCAAUGUUACCAAAAGAUUACUUAACGUCUAUAAUCCACUUUUUGUCAAGAUUUGUUUCUCUUGCCGUCCUGAGAGCGGUUGUCUCACAAAAUUUCUGGAUGAAUACAAGAUAAAGGGUUUCAAACGCAUUCAUAAAGAGACCAAUACAUUUGCUGCGCGACUUACCUCGAUAACAGACUUUGACAAUAUCUGUUCUGCCAAAGAUAUCCGCUGUGGAAGCGCGAGAAUAACUGUAUCAUCAUGUUAUAGAUUCCUACAAUGUCCUAAGCAACUCAAUACAAUAUUUGCAAACAAUGAUGAAGAAGUUGGAACUGAAAAAGAUGAGAAAGAUACAAAUGAAAUAGAGGAAGAUGAGAAAGAAGCAGUCACACCUAAAGAAAAAUUAAUUCUUGAAUCAAAUACCCGAGAAGAAAAACUAAUUAUAGUACCUAAAGAGAAAGAGCAAAAAAAUAAAAUGGUAGCAAUCGAAACUACGGAAACAACUCAUGCACAAAAAAAUGUAUUAUCUGAAAAAGUCAAACCAAUGGAAAAUAUAAUCCAGAAAAAAUCAGUUGUAACAAAAUCGCGUUCUUCCGAAAAUAAUCCUAAAAUCGAAGAACCCAAAAAAACGAAUAAAAUGAAAAGUCCUACAGGUAAACCUAAUAUUUCUGGAAAUAAAAUUAAAAUCGAAGAAAACAAUACAAUAAAAAGUCCAAGUACAAAACCUAAUACUUCUAAAAAUAAACCUAAAGUCGAAGAACCGAAAGAGAACAAUAAAAUCAAAAGACCUAUAGCCAAACCGGUACAGAAGACUGUUUCAAAAGAAUCUUCCAGAGAUAAAAUUUUGAGCAAACCCUUAAAAGCAAACGCUUUAAAACAAAAUAUUAUUAUUAAUGAAGAUGAUAUAACUGAUUUUGAUAUUGACAAUGAAUUUGAUGAAGAUGAUGAAAUGAAUGAUGAAGAAAUACUAGCUCUCAUAUCUGGUGGUGUUAUUAUUGACGAAUGCAUUGGUUCCGACGAUGAAUAACAUUUUUUUUUUAAAUCAUAUUGCUGAAUUAUUAUUUUUGUUUAAAAAGAAUUAAAAUAUUGUUUCAGGAUGUAAUUAAUUAUUACAAGAUACACUUUUAACCUAAGAAAUAGGAUAAAUAGGAAUUAGGUCAUUUCUUUUUAAACUACAUGUUGAUAAAUAAAAUGUGAUGUACUAAG